AGGAGGAGGAGCAGGGACGACGAGCCGGCGGCGGUUCCUUCCCCUUCCCUUCCCGUCCCGCUCCGCACACGCGACCCGACGAGCCGCCGCUGGAGCCCGUCCGCAGGUUUCUGCUGGGAUGAAGGAAGAUUUGAGGUAGGACGGACCCUUCAAAGCAUGACCCAGUUUACUUCAGCAUGCAGCAGUUUGCAAAUUCUUGGAACCUGCUUGAAGUAUAAUGUUUGAAUGUUAUUGGCAUCAUGUCAACAAUUAGACAGAGAAAAGGAAUAAAAGUCACAGAAGCUCCAGAAGAGUGCCUGUCACAGGAAAAGAACUGGAAAUUUAAUGGGAAAAUUUUCACUGGUGGAAAACUAUGGAAGAAGGUUUCAUUAAUCGUUGGUGGAAUUGUUGGCAUUUCCCUGGGAAUUCUCACUUCAGUUUAUGUUGCUACAUUACAUGAAAAUGAUUUAUGGUUUUCCAACAUCAAGGAAGUAGAGCGGGAGAUUUCAUUCAGGACAGAAUGUGGCCUUUAUUACUCUUAUUACAAGCAGAUGCUGCGGGCUCCAUCUAUUCAACUAGGUUUACACAGUUUAAUUUAUGACAAUAAAACUGAAUCAUUGAGGACAAUUAACAUCCUUGGAAGAAUGAAUGUUUACCAAGAAGUAUUUCUCAGCAUUCUGUAUACAGUUUUUCAUAUGAAGAAAUUUUUAGAACCUGUUUAUUUUUACAUCUACGCUUUAUUUAGUCUUCAGGCAGUCUAUGUCACUGCUUUGUAUGUAACCUGCUGGCUUCUUAGUGGAACUUGGCUUUCAGGUGUACUAGCUGCCUUCUGGUAUAUUACAAACAGAUUAGAUACCACCCGGGUAGAAUUUACCAUUCCAUUAAGAGAGAAUUGGGCACUACCAUUCUUUGCUGUUCAGUUAGCUGCAAUUACAGUCCUCUUCAGACCUCAUUUACGUCCUACUCAUGAAAGACUGACGCUUCUUGCAGUAUUUAUUUCAACCUUCCUCUUCAGUUUGACUUGGCAGUUUAAUCAGUUUAUGUUGUUGAUCCAGGCAGUGGUUUUGUUCACACUGGACUGUCUUGACUUCCUUCCGAGAGGAAAGGUGACCUGGAUCUAUAUAAUACAAGUGGUUAGUUUGCUGCUCGUUUGCCUUCUGCAGUUCUUUAAUUCCAUGAUAGUAGGAUCGCUACUUGUAAGUUUUAAUAUGUCUGCCUUGUUAGCAAGAAAACUUCAGAACAACCUGAAAACUGGAGGCCUGUUUAGCAGACUUGGAAAGCUUUUCAUUCAUGUACUCUUAGUGCUGUGUUUGACAUUUCUUGUAAACAAUUCUAUUAAGAAAGUACUUAAUUUGGAGUCAGAUGAACAUAUAUUUAAGUUUCUGAAAGCAAAGUUUGGACUUGGAGCAACAAGAGAUUUUGAUGCUAACCUGUACCUGUGCGAAGAAGCUUUUCGCCUUUUACCUUUUAAUACUUUCAUAAGACUUUCUGACACUUUAGUUUUUUAUGCCUACAUAUUUGUGCUUUUUGUAAUGACCGUAACAGCGGCUUUUGUUGGUUUUCAGAAUCUCAGUGGUUCUGCAAACGUCAAAUCCACAGAUAAGCUGCAAAGGUGCAUAACUCUACUGAAACCUGGUGUCGCUUACCAUUUAGUGCACACCGUUCUGUUUGGAUUGCUGGCAUUUAGCACAAUGAGGAUGAAAUAUCUCUGGACUUCUCAUAUAUGCGUCUUUGCAGCUUCGGGUUUGUGCAGUAGUGACAUGUGGGCCCUGAUCUUGAGGCUCCUUCAUCUUUACACACCUCGAAGGGUAUCUGUGAUUAGAUAUUUAAUACCCAUGCUCAUAUUACUGUAUCUUUGUUACAAGGUCUGGCCUGGAGUGAUGGCUGAGCUGUCAGAGCUGAGAGAAUUCUAUGACCCAGACACAGUGGAGCUGAUGAACUGGAUUAAGUCCAACACCCCUAAGAAGGCAGUGAUUGCUGGAAGUAUGCAGCUGUUGGCAGGUGUCAAGCUAUGCACAGGAAGGAUUUUAACCAAUCACCCCCACUAUGAGGAUAAAAGCCUGAGAGAGAGGACCAAGCAGGUUUAUCAGGUCUAUGCAAAAAGGUCUCCUGAAGAUGUCCACAGGAUCCUCAGAUCUUUUGGCACUGACUUUGUAAUCCUGGAGGACAGUAUUUGCUAUGAAAGGAGACACAGCAGGGGCUGUAGGUUGCGUGAUCUCCUGGACAUCGCAAAUGGCCAUACUAUGGAUGGUCCUGGGGAAAAUGACCCUGAUCUGAAACCGUCACCAUAUCCUCGCUUCUGUGAGGAAAUCAAAAGAAAUCUGCCUUCAUAUACAAUGUAUUUUGCUAAAGUAUUCCAGAACAAAACAUUCCAUGUAUACAAGCUGGUUAGACAUAAAAAGACCACAUAGUUUUUCUGUGCCUGCAAUGGUAAAAGCUAAGAGAGUUUACAAAAAUGGCUUAUUUUUAAGAAGUGUCGUACACUGGUUUAAAAGAUUUACUUUUUCAUUACUGUGACAAUUUAAGAGUGUUUGUUUUGAUAACAUUUGUCCAGAAAGCUUGCGGGGAUGACACAAGGCUGGUGUGCAAGCUGCACAAUUCGCAGUGUGCCAGACGUUUGCCCGUUCUACCGCAGCAGCAUCUACCUGCAGUGUCCUGUGCGGCCCCCUUUUUGUGAAGGACCAUGCACACGCCACAGCAUGAGAGGUGUUUGACAUGCGGAGAACGGAGCGGGCAUUGGCCCCGAGACUUGCUGCCAGGCACAACCCCAUGCACAGCCUGGUUCUGGGAACUGUAGCCUGUUCCCAUUAACUGCAUAGAUCGCGAAUUCGGCUCAGGGAUUUGGCUUGGCACUGUGGUCCUGUGAUCCCAUCGGAAGGUCCUGUUUUUUUCUUUUCCUUAAGGUGCUCUAGACCAUUAUUCGACAACUAGUUACUUGGGAGUAAGUGCUACUAAUUUCCUUGGGCUUACAGCCAAGUACGUUUGCUCAGCAUCACAGGAUAAACCUUGUCAAGUUCAAACCCCACAGAGCGUUGUUGCCAGAGAGCCCAGAUCACAGUGAAGGGCACCGGUCACCUCGUGCUGUUGAUUUGUGCACCAGGACCCAGACGUUGGCACACCAGCAAUGCGAUGCCUUUGGUCACUUUCUUUCCCACAUGCUCUGUUCUGCCUGCUUUCCGCCCUGCACAGCGGUGAUGGUGCUUGGCCUCUGCUGACAAGGAAGUACCUGUCAACAUGCUAGCAGCUGUUGUGUAGCUCAGGCCAGGGCAAGAUGAGAACAUACCCACAUGAAAGUUUGCUUUAAGCACAUACUCACCCCUCAGCUGGAGUUUACAUAUCCGCUGCAAGUUGACCUGUCUUCAAGCAAAGCCUUGAGUCUUCUACAGACAUUGCUACCAAGAGUCGCAGUCAGAAUCCAGCAUAGCACCGCCAGGCACUUGACGGCUAGUGCCACUGCUUGAAUUUUCAGUGCACACCAGUUUUCAAGCAUUCACGACAUUUGUUACUCAGUGUAUCAGUUUGUUUUCCUAUGGCUCCACACUUAAUAGAAUGAUUUGUCUGUGAUUUUCAGACUUUGACAACUGGAGGAAGUUUUUGUUUUCGUUUUCCCCUGGGGGGAUGUUUUGGUAGUUUCCAUGUUUGCUUUUGUUUGGUUUCUGAGAUUUUUGUAAUGAAGCAUGUUCUGGAGUCCUAUUUCGGACAUUUAAAGGAAAAAUUGCAAACAAAGCAAAACCUUCCGACCGACCUCCUGCAUGCAGCAGUGUUCAACUCUUGUGUUCUGUUGUUGUCGUUGUUCUUGUUGUUUCUUAAUGUGUCUCUUUGAGUUAGAGUGCCAAACCCAAGUAAAUAGUGCCAUAAGGAUCAUUAAAGUGAUGGGAUAUUUUGUGUUUUAAGGAAUAA